AUGAUCACCGACUGCCUAUUCCUAACAUUCAUGCAAUUGAUAGGCAACGUGAUACUCACUAUACCAACUCUUAUCAGAUUAUUAACAAGACAACAGAAAUUACGCGUUGCUUUAUUGACUUAUUGCAUUUUCGCAACUGUCGUAACAUUAGCCGUAUCUCUUUCACACUAUGCUUCGAUGAGUCUCAGUCCCUCGACUCAAGUUCUCUUCAAAUCGGUUCGUUUAAUCCCAGUUAUUGUCGGUAGUAUUGCGAUAUUGAAGCAAUCUCCACCUACGCCGACCGUUGUUUCAGUGUGCUUCAUUGUUUGCGGCCUGGUGGCCCUUGCAAUUGGCAAUUUCAGCGGCAAAACAAGGUUCGAUCGAAAUGGAAUUGCAGCAAUCAUGCUUACGUUAUGCCUUGAUGCUGUAUUCUCAAACUUUGCCGAAAAGAUGCUUAAGAUUGACGGUAUCCCUAUAUUAGAACUCAUUUCUGUCUCUUAUUUGGUAGGAUCUAUCAUAUCUAUCGCUUCAUCAUUCUCUUCUGGAAUGUUUCAAUCAAAUAUAGACGCUAUACAAAAUAAUCCUCGCGUAAUCAUGUACUUGGCCUUAUUUUCCAUUUUUGCUGCGCUUGGCAAUUUGAUUUUUUACCUCUUGAUAGGAAUAUUUGGCUGCAUUGUUGCAACAAUUAUUCUAUCAUUAAGAGGACCAAUCGUAUCCUUCAUCAAAUUACCAAAAUUUGGUCAAUUAUAUAUUUACGCUAUUAUUCUUAUUUCUGUUGGCUUCUCCCUCCUUACUUGUUCACAGAAGGAAGAGAAGGAACCAGAUUUUGGCAAAUACUCCCAAGAUAACCAAUUUGAGACUGUGGAAGACUUCAAAAUGGUUGAAGAGGAUAUUUGCGAAGAGGAAGUUUAA